AACUCGAUUCCGGUGGGUUAUCGAAACUCUGUUCAUACUACAGCACCCUCAAACAUGUUGGAGGACUCAAAUCCUUUGGUCCCGAACGACCAUAAUGCGUGGUAUUAUCCUUCUCAGGGCUUUGACUCUGACACGGAAUCGCUGAAUACCAGCGUUGCUGGGGGAAAUUGGGGGAAGAAAACUAUGAAGGGAUCCAGAUGGGUGCGCAGGGGUAAAAUCGCAUCCUGGGGACCCGGUAUAGACGAGUGGGAGGCAGAGGACAGGGCACGGCAACGUAUACGAUCUUUGCUACCCACAGAGCGGCGCUCACCAUCUCCCCUCCAUCUUCCCCAUCUUCCCUCGCUGUCGCCGCCUCCAGUCGCCCCUUACCCACCUCCACUGGCACAACACCUAAGUUUCACAUCGUUCGUAAUGGAUCGAUCCGUGACACACUCAUUCCGCUCGAGUUUACUGGACGAGCUCGAACACGCAACCAAUAGGCUCAUCGAGGGCGAGGCUGUGAUGAAACGGGCACUGGGGAGACUCUGGCAAGUAAUAAAUGAUGAUCCUGACAAAAAUGCUCAAGAAGAAGAGGUGGUGGUACCGAAACGAGAGGAUGCAGACAGCAACGUAGACGAGGAGGAGUUGGACCACAGGUUUGAACGCGCGCCGGACCCGGUUCCCAACGCCCACAAGUUGUUUCUGACGUCGUAUCCCGAAAACGACGCACCUGUACUCGAUCCAUCUCAAUUUGCUUCGCCUGAGAUGCAACGAGAUAGCCUGGAAAAAGCGCUGGCGACGCUGCGAGAGCUGCAGGAUGAUGGACGGGAGUAUGUGGAGCGACUGGAGGAGAUAAGGGAGAGUUUGGGAGACGCUCGCUCCCAGCGCGACACGGUGUGGGGGAUCGUGAGGGAGAAGGCCGUCGAGGAGGUACAAGAUACUGCGCUUAACGCGGUUGCAGAUUGAUGCCAACUAUCAAGAUAGUAGAUAUCUGUACACGGGCGCUCUUAUGUAGCCACGUCUUACAUAACAAGGACAACAUAAGG